AUGUCAGCCUUCCCACCUCAACGAUCGGUAGCGUCCAUACCAGUCUCACAAGACAUCGCACUCAAAUACCUCGCUGCGUACCUCGAAGCCGCGAAAAGCUCGCCCCAUUUAUUACCAAAUGCCCGGCUCGAGCCCUCAGGACCAACAGCUGGGCCCAGCUCCUCGAAUAUUACAAUACACAAUUUACAGCGAGUUGAAGCGGGUUUGAGGGGAGAAUGGCUUGCGCCUACCUUGGAUCUGGAAGAGGGGAAUGUUCCGAUCGCAGCGGGUAUGGAUGAUGGUACGAAUAAGGAGCAGCAGAAUGGUGAGGCGGAGGGAUGGAUGGAUCUAGAUCAGUAUCAGAGGGAACAGAGUAUUGAGGGUGGAGAGAUUGGGGUUAGGGUCCCUGGUGCUGUUCAGGAUGCAGAAUUGGACUCGGAUCUAGAGAUGCUGGAUCAUGCACCAAAAAAGCCACUGGACAAGGCUGCGAGGAGGGAAGAGAAAAAACAGCGCUUGAAGCAGGAGAAACGACAAAGGGAAAUGAAAAGGGCCGGUCAGCUUGCAGACUGA